ACUAAAUGGAGGUGCCUUGGAUUAUUCUAUUACUUUGGAUUGGGGGAACCGUGGGGCAAAGUUACUUGACGGGCGAGCAUCGUCCACUUUGGAUACUGGAGGAUGGAUUGACCAAAAGGCAGAGACAGGAUCGUCCAGAAGCGGAUUAUGAAACGACCACCAGGAUAUCACCGCUGAUGAUCCGGCGGCAGGGAAGAGGAGGAGGUGGAGGAGGAGGAGGAGGCGGAGUAGGACAGGGGGCUGAACCUGGACCAAUUACCUUCCUGGUUAGACAUGAAGAUCGGGAGGAGCCACCUCCACCGCCACCACCGCCACCGUCUCCAAGAUUGCCCAACUUUCCCCGGCGGCGCUUCAUGAUGCCCCACCGUCUCCAGUUGCCCCAUCAGUAUGUGCAACCCAUCCAGAAGAUGAGGAGUCACCGGCGAGAAGGACGUCGCCAUCUGCCAGUUUUCGAUAAUGGUCCCGGGGAGAAUUCCCUGCAAUUAGGCAGGGAUAACUACCCCAUUUUCGUUUACAACGGAACCAGGGGCGAACUGAUAUUGAACACCAUGCUGAGCAGGAGACGAUAUCCUAUGCAGGAACCUGUUCCAGGACAAGUUCUCUAUCCACCAUCGACGCCCAUGUUCCGCCCCAAGCCGAUUGUGGAGCGAUUCCGUUUGCCAGGACAAAGGGAGAUGAUGAACCUGACCUUAAUACCCUUCUAUGCACAUGAGGCCAUCAGGGAUCCGGCUCUAACUAGCACUAGUACUAUUCUGCAGGAAACCACCACUCCCUCACCCCCAACACCACCACCACCAACUCCUCCGCCCUAUGAGACACAGCUGCCCAGGAUCGAGGAAAUGACCAAGCUGGGCAAGCGGAAACGGAAGAAAGCCAAGCAAUAUGAGGCCUUCUAUUCUCCCCAAGAAGUGAUGCAAUGGCAGUCGGUCCUGCGAAGAUCCACUGGUCAUAACGAUAAUCAUCGUCACUAUGCCAGUGAGGAAAUGGAACCAGAGGAUCAUCGCGAGUUGGGGGAUAUGAACAAUGGUCUGGAGGAGGAGGAUCACGAGGAGGAGGUCGAGGAACAAGAGGAUUGGCUAACGGAACAGGAAGCCGAAACGGAGGUGGAAUUGCCAACAGAAACCUCCACCGUCAGCAGCAGUGAACCCUUCCACAUCGUCUACUUCGAUGAAAGUCUAGAGCGACCCGUUGUGGAAUCCCUGACUACCACCACUCCACCACCACCUUUGCGACAGAGCUCGCGAUAUGCCCUAAAAAGGGAAUACUACGCCUUUCCAGUUUAUACGCUGGGUAAGCUGCUCCAACCCUCCAAUCCCUCCAAGAAACUGCUUGAGAAGAGCGAUCGCUCGGCCAGAAGUUCUUCGGAGAGGGAGCCCAGCACUUGGUUUAUCCUAAAUUCACGUUACAAGGGUCCCCACCACCGAUCAUUGGGAAUGGAUAAUCAGACCAAGUACUACACCUCCAAGUACAUAGAGAAUGGCUUUAGACCACGUAGAUAGUAAAAGUACUAAGUGAUAUAUCUAAGAGAGAAGAACUUAAUAUUAAAGACAAUGAACAAGUAUGGCUUUGUAAAUGAAAGUGUUUGGGUAUCAAGCAGCACCUAUAACUAGGAAAUUACCUAGUAAAAGAUUGUGAUUAUGACAGUGAUGCGGCGAUGAUCAUUAACGCCUCCCUAUAGAGAUACCCCAAUGAGACAGUUUAGAUUGUAAUGGGUCGGCUAGUGGAACAGUCUUACGGGCCAUAAAGGGCGGUCAUAAACCCCUGGGGAACAAAAAAGAUACCCAUGCUAUGAAAGGGCAGUCGUAAAACUGGAGAGUGAAGAAUAGGAACCAUCUAUCUAUUGAGAUUUUCGGAGCGACCCAUAGUUGCAUAAUCUAUCGUGCAAAUCGAACGGGUAAGCCAAAGGCGUCGGCUGACCCAAAUUCCAGAACCCAAAACAUAGAAAAUCAGAAAGAAAAACAAAAUUUCAAUGUGUUAAAAAGCAAAAAGGGAGGGCCAAGAAGAAAAGUCAUCAAGAAGUUUUUAUGGCCAAUCGAAUGGAUGCGGCUCUUUCAAGAGUCGUGUAGAUCCCCCACCCCCUUGGUCAGUGGAUCCAUCAUUCAUUCAAUCACUUUGUCAAUGAUGCACCUCUCCAGGUUGCUCGUCCGUUCAUUAUUAUUAUUGAUUUCCCAGCUUAGUUUUCGCUCUGCAGCCUGCAAUUAAUUUUCUCGUUGUUCUACAAGGGGUCCACAGUCCGUACUACCCACUCCCGUUCCGAAUUUUUCCAUCUGCUGGGGAAACUGGGGAAAAACCAGCUUAUUGUCGGCUUUUCUGUUCUGGCCAGCAUUGCCAUGGGCCACACAAUCGAUCCCAACCGAUUCCCC